GGCAAAACUGGAAAAGCUCCAACCUGAAGGGGCCUGCUCCCUCCCUCUUUCUUCCCCCAUUCUACCGCCACCGCAAUUCGUUGCGCCUCAUCAUCAUCGGCAACCUCACCGCCGGUGACGGGACACAUCUAGCCGGGACUCUUUCCACCCAAGUCCUCUCUCGUAGACAGGCGUCGCCCCCCUCCUCUUCCCCGCCAUCCGGACUUCGAUCAACUUCUUCUUUUGUUGGUUCUUGUUCAGCGCGCAAGAAUCAAUCUUGGCGGUGUAUGCCCCCAUGAAAUCCAACAGGAGCAGCGGCGGCGUAUGCCCUGUUAAAUCUGAUAAGAACAUCAGCGGCGUGUGCCCUGUCACCGGGAAGAAUCACGGUGCUGAGCACCAGGGCAGCACCGGCAAUGCCGAAGAGCAGAGCGCCGAUCCUCGAAUGGUGCCGGCAAAAUGCCCAUUCGGCUAUGACUCUGGCACGUUCAAGCUGGGUCCCCUCAGCUGUAUGAUCUGCCAGGCGCUUCUCCACGAAUGCAGCAGAUGCAAGCCGUGCUCCCAUAAAUUCUGCAAGGCAUGUGUAUCGCGCUUUAAGGACUGCCCGUUGUGUGGUGCUAACAUAGAGGGCACCGAACCCAAUUCUGAUCUUCAGGCCCUUGUCGAUUGCUUUAUUGAUGGCCAUGCCCGAAUAAAAAGAUCACACACUGCGGGGGAUGCGGAAGUAUUGGAUGGCAAGAAAAAGGUGAUUUAUGAGGAUGUUUCUAUGGAGAGGGGAGCUUUUUUGGUGCAACAAGCUAUGAGGGCUUUCCGUGCUCAGAACAUUGGAAGUGCAAAAUCGAGGCUCAGUAUGUGUGCAGAAGACAUUAGGGAGGAGUUGAAAUCUUCAGAAGAUAAUCUAGACCUGCGUUCUCAGCUUGGAGCUGUUUUAGGAAUGCUUGGGAACUGCUGUCGGACCUUGGGAGAUGCUCCUUCAGCAAUUACUUACUACGAAGAAAGUGCCGAGUUCCUCUCGAAAUUGCCCACAAAGGAUCUUGAGUUGGUCCAUACUCUCUCGGUUUCACUAAAUAAAAUUGGAGACCUUCACUACUAUGACGGGGACCUGCAAUCUGCUCGAAGUUAUUAUGCCCGUUCAUUGGAUGUUCGCAGAAAUGCAGUAAAAGAACACUCAGCAGUGGCCUCCCAGCUGGAGAUAAGCCCAAGCCCAACUACUCUAAAUGAAGGCAACUCUUUCUUAUCACAUUGGGCAAGUACAGCUCUUGCCCUUGAAGAGAAUUUUGGCCUACGCGAUGACACUGAGUGGCUACAACUCGUCCAUUUCAUCUGAAAUCCUCUGCAUUGUGAUGCAGAACAGCAUGAUGACUGACAUCAUGUGGACCAGCGUGGAGAAUCACUUCAGAUAUGAUAUGAAGAGCUGGGGUUUGCAUCUUGAAGAGGUGUUCCGUGUACAUGUCCAAGGCGAUUAUAUCAAUAAUUGACUAUUGCUGUCACCUGAACCCUGGUCGAUGCUUUAUCAAUAUUGAGGAACCUUGCAACGUCAUGAGUACCAAGGUUUCAAUUGAAACCGGCUGCCCAAAGUACACCAAAGCAUCAUCCAGGUUCCUUAGAAGAUGGCAAUAGUCAGUGAUUGACAAAUUGUUAUGGAUGAGCAUGUGAAAUUCCACUUUGAGGUCGAAUGCCCAGCUCUUCUUAUUUUAUUAUCUUGGAAGAGAUUCUUGAUGCUGAUACAAAUGGUUUGGGUCGUUGUGCGUUCUGCAUCAAAAUGUCAAGGAUAUCGGAUGAGACGGAGCUGAACAACCAGUUGAGGAUGGCAUAGUCAAGUUGCUACCAUUCGGUGUCAUCUGAUCGGGUAGAGGUCUCAUCAAGGACAUGGCUCAAGAAGCCAUACUUUUCCAUAGUGAUGAGAAGAGAUGCCUCCACUUCGAGUAGUCAGACGCCAAAAGGCCAAGCACAAAGGGAAUGUGUGUCUUGAUCGGACGUGAUGCUAAUGGCCCUUUGGUGCUUCUAUUGGCCAUGGUGGCGAAGUUGGUAUUUGGCGUGGUGGAAGAGUGGUGUGUAUGGUGUGGAAGAGGACUCUAAGCAGAGUAAGAUAGAGGGCAAUGGUUUGGGUCUGAUACCAUGAAUACAAGUGAAAGGAUAUUCCACGCAAAUAAUUAUUGUAUUCAUUGGUAUUUGUAGGGUGCAUACACGUGUACAUGUGGUAAACAGAAUGAGCUAUAGAAUAAGGACUGGACAGUUUACAUGACAAGGAGAGCAACGCUAACUAGGCGAACAAAUCCACCAGAAGGUUCGGCAACCAUCACAAGUCGUUUGGGAGCUGUUAGCAUCGGUGCAUGGCUGCAGAACAGUAGUAUGCAAGUGGGUGCUUGGGUUGGUUCGUUAGAGAGAUAAGUGUCUCUUAGCAAGUGUUAGCAAAUAUUUGGGGGUAGGUACCUGUUAUAUUUAAGUCGUUUGUGUGUCCGCAUGCACAAUACACAUAAAAAUCUAGUGCAUUUGUACUAUGCUACAAAAGAUGGGAAAGAGCAGGAUAAAGAAAUGAGCAACAGAACAACGAUCAGGAAGAUGUGGGCAAGAUUAAAUUUUUAUUAUCUGUACUUCUGAAGAAAAUGUAAGUUCCUGUUAGAUUGCAUAGUGGCGAGCUUUUGUAUUUUCUCGACACAUUCUCUCAAGUCUAUAACUUUAAUUAAUCAUUUUAAUUCAAGUUGAUGAAAAAUAUGCUUCACUGCAAGAGCAGUUGAGGAUUUUGAGGAA